UCCCGUGAGCUGCCUACUAUAUGCCUGACUACGACGAGUUGACCGCCUUUCUGGGCGAGUGGGGGCCCUUCCAGCGCCUCAUCUUCUUCCUGCUCAGUGCCAGCAUCAUCCCCAAUGGCUUUACUGGGUUGUCAGCCGUGUUCCUGACGGCGAGUCCGGAGCACCGUUGCCUGGUACCAGACACCGUGAACCUGAGCAGCGCGUGGCGCAACCACAGCAUCCCGUUGGAGACGAAGGACGGACGGCAGGUGCCUCAGAAAUGCCGCCGCUACCGACUGGCCACCAUCGCCAACUUCUCUGCGCUGGGACUGGAGCCAGGAGAGGAUGUGGACCUGAAGCAGCUGGAACUGGAGAACUGCCUAGAUGGCUGGGAAUACAGCAAGGAUGUCUUCCUGUCCACCAUCGUGACAGAGUGGAACCUGGUGUGUAACGAUGCCUGGAAGGCCCCACUCUCCACCUCCAUGUUUUACGUGGGUGUGCUCUUAGGCUCCUUCAUUUCGGGACAGCUCUCAGACAGGUUUGGUCGCAAGCCUGUGCUGUUUUGGACCAUGGGCAUACAUACUGGCUUCAGCUUCCUGCAGGUCUUCUCUGUGAACUUCGAGAUGUUUACUCUGCUCUAUACCCUUGUUGGCAUGGGACAUAUAUCCAACUACGUGGCAGCAUUUGUUCUGGGAACAGAAAUUCUUUCCAAGUCAAUUCGAAUUAUAUUCGCCACCUUAGGAAUUUGCAUAUUUUUUGCAUUUGGCUUCAUGGUGCUGCCUCUGUUUGCAUACUUCAUCAGAGACUGGAGGAUGCUGCUGAUGGCAAUUACUUUACCAGGGGUGCUGUGUGGGGCUCUCUGGUGGUUCAUCCCUGAGUCCCCCCGAUGGCUCAUUUCUCAAGGCCGAGUUAAAGAGGCAGAGGUGAUCAUCCGCAAAGCUGCCAAAUUCAAUGGGAUUGUUGCGCCUUCCACUGUCUUCAAUCCAAGUGAGACCACUAACUUACAAGAUGGAAAUGCCAAAAAUACUCAGUCGCACCACAUUUAUGAUCUGGUCCGAACACGGAAUAUCAGGAUCCUCACCAUCAUGUCCAUAAUCCUGUGGCUGACCAUAUCAGUGGGCUACGGACUUUCUCUUGACACUCCUAACUUGAAUGGGAACAUCUACGUGAAUGGCUUCCUACUGGCAGCUGUUGAAGUCCCUGCCUAUGUGUUAGCCUGGCUAUUGCUACAGCAUGUGACCCGGCGUUAUUCCAUGGCUGGUUCCCUUUUCCUGGGUGGCAGUGUCCUUCUCAUAUUGCAACUUGUGCCUUCAGAUUUACUUUACUUGUCCACUGCCCUGGUGAUGGUGGGCAAGUUUGGAAUCACCGCUGCCUAUUCCAUGGUCUAUGUGUACACAGCCGAGCUGUACCCCACUGUGGUCAGAAACAUGGGUGUGGGAGUCAGCUCCACAGCAUCCCGCCUUGGCAGCAUCCUGUCUCCCUACUUUGUUUACCUUGGUGCCUAUGAUCGCCACCUGCCUUAUAUCGUCAUGGGAAGUCUGACCAUCCUGACAGCUAUCAUCACUUUCUUCUUCCCAGAGAGCUCUGGAGUUUCACUCCCAGACACCAUUGACGAGAUGCAAAAGGUCAAGCGAAUAAGACGAGUGUCAGCCAUGAGUAAGAAAGGGUCUGCACCAGAUCCUAAAAGAAAAGUCUCCACAUCCUAAAGGCUUUUAACACCUGGUUCAGAAGCUAAAAAACUGAACUGAAAACCUGCAUGCUGUCAGAAAUACUGUGAGUGACCCAGGGCUUUCUGUUCUGUUGACCUUGUGUCUAACAAGCAUCUGUCCUGGAGAGCCACCUUCCUCCAGGGCCACCAAGGCUAACCACACACAGCUUGCACAUCCCAUCACAGUGUGGACUGGGGCCUCCCAGAGAAGUUACUGAGUCUCUUGAAGCAGUGGGACUUGGAAGACUGAGAAACAUCUGCUAGACGUGCUUUGUUAUCCUGUAAGACCUGAUAGUCACAGACAGAACAGCAGGUCUGUUUCCCCUCCUUUCCCUAACUGAAGAACUUACAGGGAAGGAAUAAAAGUGAGUCAGUGGUGGUGUGCUUGUCUAGGAUGCACCAGAAGGAAACAAAAAAUAAGUCUUUUCAGAAAAUAAAUGAUUUCAUGGAUAGUUUGAUUUCUUGUCUUUUCUCAGUUAAAAAGUUUUAACUGUGAUUCUCUUAACUCAUGACAGAACACAAGACCAAGGGAACCUAAAGGAAACUGAGGUGAGGCUGGUACAUAAAGCAGACAGUGUGUGGCUGCUCGGUCCCUCAGCCAGCUGUGCUGUGUGUGUCUGGUCAGGGUCCUGCCUUGCCCAGACCCUGUGAGAAACCUACUGUUGAGGCCAGGCUUGGCCUCCACUGCUGUGUAAAUCACAACUCAGGCUGCCAGACACUUGGCUGUGUCUUGAGGGAAAUGUAUGGAUAACAGAGUGUCCCUUCCUUCUUCCAGCACUGUCAUGGGAGUUUGUCAUCUGCUGUUGUGUCUCAAGCUAUUUGUCCUUUAGCAGAAACUUGGGAACUGCCUGUGUUUCCCAGCUCAGGGUUACCCUGGCUGGUGUGCCGUUGCCAACAUACAUGGCCUUCCCAGUCUUAGCCACUAGAGCGGCUCUGAGUGCCAAAAAUACUAACACCAUGCUUCUUCCUUUUACGAUGCGUAAUCAUGAGGAAAAUCACAAGAAAGAAAUGUAAAUUGUGUUCACAGUCUCUCAGAGUCGCUGGCUGCAGUCACAUCGGUGGGGAUUUCGUGUCCAGUGAUUGUCUUCUCUUCUGAUUAUGUUGCCAUGGUGCUCCGAAAGCACACGCUUCACGCUCUUAAAAUGCAAAACAAACACAAAAACCCAUAUUUUGUGAAAGCUACUGAAGUGCCUUGGGCAAGGAUAUGGUUUUAAUAAACUGAUUUUUUAAAAAAAAA